ACAUGACACGCUAAAAAAUCCAAAUUCAAAAAAGGUAGUAGACACUAGACAGUAGUAGUAGUGUGUCCCAUAUAUAUUCCCACCCAAUCAUUCGAGGAGUUGACCAAAAUCCAGUUCCAGUUGCUACUGUAUUAUUGAAAAUGUCUGGCCCACAGUGCUGUGAAAACCCUCCGGCAGCCUCUUCCUGCGGUGAAUCUGGCGAGGUUUUGCAGAUAGCAUCUCUUAAUACUUAUGUCACAGGCAACUCUGAUCUGAAAAGUGCUGUUGUUCUUGUUUCAGAUGUUUUUGGUUAUGGGGCGCCAAAGUUAAGGAAACUUGCAGACAAAGUUGCAUCUGCUGGAUAUUAUGUUGUUGUACCCGAUCUCUUGCAUGGUGACCCCUUGACUCCUGAAAGUAACAUACAGGAAUGGCUAAGUAAUCAUGCACCGGAGCAAGCAGUUGGACAUGUGAAGCCGCUUAUCCAUGCUCUCAAAGAAAAGGGUAUAUCCAAAGUUGGGGCUGCAGGUUUUUGCUGGGGUGCCAAGGUCGUUGUAGAGCUAGCAAAGGAUGCUGAUGUACAAGUUGCUGCACUUUUGCAUCCUUCACUUGUCACUUUAGAAGAUAUCAAGGGUGUUAAAGUUCCUAUUGGGAUACUAGGUGCUGAGAUCGAUCAACGAUCUCCACCAGAAUUAAUCAAAGAAUUUGAGGCUGCUCUAGUAGCCAAAUCCGAGGUUGAUUGCUUUGUGAAGAUAUAUCCUGGUGUAACACAUGGUUGGACCGUGCGAUAUAACGAUGAAGAUGCAGCUGUGGUGAAAUUAGCAAAAGAGGCUCAUCAGGAUCUUGUGGACUGGUUUCGCAAGUGUAUUUAAACAUACCAUUAAAGCCUGUAAAAACCGAACCAUGUACUAAAAGAGAGAUGAAAAGGUUUGAAAAGGUCCAUCACAAUCUAAAUAAAGUGUGUUGAAGAUGUCAUUUCACAUCUUAAACUCCUUGUAAUUGUACUUGUCUCCGUAGACAAGCUUUCAUGUAAUGGAGUAUGUUUUUGCUAUUGCUAUA